AGCCAAUCAGAGGCAGUGUGGGGAAAGAGACACGGGCUGGUGUGAGCGGAGGAGAAACGAUGGAGGGAGAGCAGGAGGAGAUCCUGGAUGACUGGUUCAUCGAGUCCCUGACAACGUACAAAGAUCUUCAUGUGUAUCAGCUGGAACAUCCCACACAGGUCAUCGAGUGGACGUCAGGGAAGACCGUCUGUGUCGCAGGAUGCACUGAGUCUAAAAAUGAAAUUUUGGAGCUUCGUCUGCCUCUGAAACUCUUUGCCGAUGAAAAUAAGGGUCUCUGUGCAGAGCGGGACUUUAAAGUUGUCCAUGGUGGUUUCGCAGAGGGACCCAUUCGCUGCCUCAGACACGUCCCGGGUACAAGGUGUGUUGUGACCAGUGACGGGCGGAGCGCCGACCUGGAGGUGUGGGAGCUCGGAGGAGACGACAGCGACGUGAUCCGGAGAACGGGGAGCGUCAAGAGGAGGAGCAGAGUUUCAGAAGGAGGCAGCAGGAUCGCAGCUCGUCUCUGGUCACAGCCACAAAUUCUCCAUGGAGCCCUGACCAGCGACAUCCAGCUGACUGAGCUGACCUCGGGACAGACGCUUUACCAACUAGAGACAGACACAGCAGAUCCUCUGAGUUCCUUACAGUUUGUUAAUGACAGUGUUUUCCUCGCCGGCUGCUCUAAGGGGAACAUUUACGUCGCCGACACUCGGACGUCUUCUGCGCCUCAGAUUUCACCUCCACCAGCUUCUGGCAAAUCAGCUCUAUGGUGGACAGACACCUCAGCAGGUCCAGACCCAUCUAGCUGCAGGGUCAUCAGGUUGUCCUCUUCUGGCGAGGCGGUGGUUUCUGACCUGAGGAACCCACGAGGAGCCGUGAGUCGAGCACGGCUGGACGUGCAGACACGCUGCAGCAGCCUGGAUGAUGUCAGGCUGUCGUGGGCUCCAGCUCUGGAUGACUGUGUGGCAGUGUCAGGUUUCAGUGGAACGGUUCAGAUCUACAACACAUCUGUGUGGAGGACAGAGCUGCAGGAAGCCCAGCCGCUGUUUGAGCACCGUGGUCACGUGGUGUCAUCCCGACAGUCUGACGUCCCCCUUGUCACCUACCACGUCUGGCAUCCCGAUCGCCCGCGGACGCUGCUGUCCGCAGCCUCAGACGGCUCCGUCCACGUGUGGGACUGGGUGGACAGCUCAGCUUUGGACUAAAUACUAAUCAGACUGGUUUUUAUAUGACGACUCAUUUUUGUAUUGUAAUUUUUAUUGUCGUCAGGAAAUAAGUGCAUCCCAGACAAAUGGAAGAACAACACGGACUGUGAAUAAAGAUUGACAGCUCGCUAAAAGUGAAGCCAAAGUGUCUUUAUGUAGAUGGGACCAUUGUAGUUUCUUUUCUACGCUCGGCUAAUGCUAAUAAAGUUUAACACAAA